AUGUCUUAUACAACAGAUUCACACGAGUCAACUGCGCCUCAGGAUUACUACUCGAGUCUGGACGAUGAGGGCUCGCUAGCGGAAAAAUUCAAGAAUAUCGACGAUAAGACGCAGUUUGAAGCUGCUGUGCUCUGCCUAAAGGAUCCUCUGACUCAGAACUUUGUGCUUGAUUUCGGGAACGAAGACGCAUGGUGUGCAUCCAAUCUGGGUACUGAUGAGCUAAAAUUAUUGCUGAGCAAGCCGAGAGACAAGUGUUUCGGCACACGGUGGAUUAAUAUAUGGGCACCAGAGGAGCAAAAAGAAAGCAUAAGGGCGAUUACCAAACACUAUGGAGUGUCCGAACGACUCCAGGGGAUGAUGUGCACAGAGCCAGUGCAUCCUAGACCCGAACCUACACCUACACCAUUACCAACAAAAAGGUCUUCGCGAGCACCUAGUAUUGCGUCGUCGUUCGUACACGAAGUGGAUGACCCAGAGAGUGCCCUCAAGAAUCUUGAACCAGAUAAAUCCCACGAGUCGGCGUCAUUCGCGAACCUCACCUUUUCACAAGUCACAGAUCAGAUCUGGCACUUCUCAUCUGUAGAUCAUGGUCCUCGAUACACAUGUAUCGGCUAUAAUACGUUGUUUGUGAUUCCCACACUAUCACAGAUAAAUGGUCAAGAUCUCCCGGAUGGAAAACGGCUUUGGACCUGGCUGAUCCAGUGCGAUGAUGGUACAAUAAUCUCAAUCCAGGAGAACCCGUUCCCAAGACGAAAGGUAGUGCCGAAAGAGGAAGCCCAGCCGGUCCUCGACAUCGUGCGCAGGAACAUCCGCUUCAUUUUCGCUGGCGUUUCAAGACAGCACUUUGCUAUGUCCGAGAGCGAGUCGCUGAUCACCAUCCGGGUGCGACAUUUCAGUGACCUCGGACCGGACCAAGCCAAUAUCAAGCAGGAGGAUGGACCGAGUUUGCUCUUCUACUAUAUCUUCGAUGACUGGGUGUCAAGCUAUGGACUUAUCGCAAAGCGAGAACACAAAUAUGGUGUUGCUUUGGAGAAAUUGAGAGGGCAAAUGCUCGAUCGUCCGAUAGUGGAUUUGGUGAACGAGUUGCACUGGCUGGGUCGACGACUCGCAGUUCUCAAACGAUUGUAUCAGAGCUAUGAGCUUAUUAUGCGGCGACUCUUACAACGGCAACGGAUGCUCCGCGACGAAGCGCGUUCGGCCCAUCCGACCCCAAUGACGUAUGGAGCCACCUUUGGCGAUAUGGAAUUCACGGACAUGCGCCAGUCGAGUGUUAUAAGCAAUGCCGGUUAUCACAACACAACUGAGAAAUCGGUCGGGGUGCAGCUGAGCUCAACGGCUGUGGCGCGCUUCGAACGGUUGGCUGAUCGUAUCAAUUUGUACUGUUUGAGCGAGAUUGAGAACUGUCUCAAUGAGAAAGAGUCUUUGACAUUCCUGAAUUUCAACUUGAUUGCCCUCAAGGACUCGCAGGCCGUUGAAAAGCUAACUCGGAUCACUAUCCUGCUGGCCAAGGCAACCAUUUUGUUCUUGCCGGUUAGUUUGAUGAGUGCAUACUUUUCCACGGAACUCAUUGGCGUAAAGAAUGGAUAUACCAAGACGGACUAUUGGGUUAGUUUUGCUGUUAUCUUUGUUGCAUCCAUCUUGCUCUUGACCGUUUUCGGUUAUGCCAGCGAUACGAUGGAAGUCCACAACACGUUUUCCAACCCCUCCGCUUCUCCCCUUUCACCCACAUCCCUCGAUAUCUCUCUGACCUAUCCACGCCUCUUAGGAUCCGAGGGUUUUCUCGCUACCGACAAUAUGGGUAUCACUUUUUCACGGCUGUUUGACCGACUAUGGGGUCGCAAGGAGAUGCGCAUUCUGAUGGUCGGUCUUGAUGCCGCUGGUAAGACUACCAUCCUGUACAAGCUGAAGCUCGGUGAAAUCGUCACCACCAUUCCCACAAUUGGAUUCAACGUCGAGACGGUCGAAUACAAGAACAUUCAGUUCACCGUGUGGGAUGUCGGUGGUCAGGAUAAGAUUCGUCCUUUGUGGCGCCACUACUUCCAGAACACCCAGGGUAUCAUCUUCGUGGUUGACAGCAACGAUCGCGAUCGUAUUGUUGAGGCCCGUGAGGAGUUGCAGCGCAUGUUGAACGAGGACGAACUCCGUGAUGCUAUGCUCUUGGUGUUCGCCAACAAGCAGGAUCUGCCCAACGCCAUGAGCCCCGCCGAGAUCACGCAGCAGCUUGGUCUUCAGAGCCUUACCCGUCGUGCUUGGUUCAUCCAAUCUACCUGCGCCACUACCGGUGACGGUCUGUACGAGGGUCUGGAGUGGCUCGCCGAUGCGCUCCGGAAAACCAACCGCGAUUAA